GAGUAGAGGGUUGAAAGUUGGACAUUGGCUCGAAAGGUCUAGAAUUUUCGCAACCGGGAGUCUGAGAGCGGCGGAGUUUAAAAUAGACCCCGGGAGGUUUGCGUCUGUGUAUUGUUCCGGCGACGCGCCGCUGUCGUUGUGUGCGUGAAUUUGCCCCUCCCGGCCAGCAAAUUUGCUCCGACCAGCUGCAAGACCACCAACAACAACCUCAAUCAGCGGCUAGAGUAGCGAAGGUUGACGACACGAUGAUGGAGGUCGAGAAGAUGCCGAACGGCGACCAUGCCCUGAACGGAGCCGGGCUCAACGGGCACCACAGCGAGAACUCGUCGAGUCCCGUUGGAAGCCCCAAGGCCAACGGAUCUCCGGCUGGUGCCGGAGACGGGUUGAUGAAGAAACCGAUUGCCAUACUGGACGACAAGCAGAAGAAACGGGUCCGCAAGCUGUCCCGGUCCAACAGCAAGGACGGGGCCCUCGGCGUGGCCGGAACGCCCAACUUUGUGGCGCCACACCGCAAAUGGAAGAACAGCCGGCGGUCGCGUAAUGGCAGCGGCCGAGGUCUGCCCAAGAAGGGUGGGGCCGGCGGCAAGGGCGUCUGGGGAAAGCUUGGCUCGGAGCUCGAAGAGAUGGACGAGGAGCUGGACCAGAACGACCCGAAUUUUGACCUGGACGCGUACAACAGCCGGCGCAACAUCGAGCUGAAGGAGGUCGUGCCGGAGAUUACGGUCGAGGAGUUUACCAAAAAGGUCGGCUCGAUCCUGCUCGAGUACUACGAGCACGGGGACACGCACGAGGUUGCAGACAGUUUGGACGAUAUUAUGAGCGCCGAGCGGCGGGCGCUCGUUCCGAAGGUGGCCGUGGAGAUGGCCUUUGAGCACAAGCAGUCCCAGCGGGAACUGACGUCGGUGCUGAUCUCAGAUCUCUACGGCCGCACCAUCACCAGCCGGGAUAUUUGCAAGGGUUUCGACACGUUGCUGGAAAACAUGCCGGACCUGAUCCUGGACACGCCCGAGGCGCCCCACAUCCUGGGCAACUUUAUCGCCCGGGCCGUCGCCGACGACUGCAUCCCGCCCAAGUUCGCGUUCGACGUGGAAGCCCGCCCGGACGCGGCCACGCUGAGCGCCCCGGCCCGGGAAGCGCUGACGCGCGCUAGCGGCCUACUCUCGCUGCACCAGGGCUGGGGCCACCUGGACGACGUGUGGGGCGUCGGAGGGGCGCUCCGACCCGUGAAGACGCUUACCCGCCAGAUGGCGAUCCUGCUGCAGGAGUACCUGCUGUCGCGUGAUCUCGAGGAGGCCCAGCGCUCGAUCAAGGAGCUGGAGGUGCCUCACUUCCACCACGAGCUGAUCUACGAGGCCAUCGUAAUGAUGCUCGAGGCGCUCAGCGAACCCACCGAGGAGGCCAUCUGCGCGCUGUUAAAAUCGCUGGACGAUACCUGCCUCGUGACGCCGGAACAGAUGGAGCAGGGCUUCCGGCGGGUGUACGAGGACAUGACUGACAUCGUGCUGGACAUUCCGCUGGCGUACUCCAUUCUGGACCGGUUCGUGCAGCGCUGCCAGCGCGCCGACUUCCUGAACGAGGCCGUCAUCAAGGAUCUGCCGUCGAGAGGCCGCAAGCGUUUCGUGUCCGAGGGUGACGGUGGCCGCAUCAAGCCGGUCAACUUGAAUUCUCGUGACUUUUAAGGCGAGAACCGCAGCAGCAGCAGCAGCAGCCUCAGCAGACCAUUUCAGCCUGGGAGAAAAACGCGCUAAACAUUUUUUUAUUUGGCGCAACCUGUUUGUUUACUCUGGAAUGGCGCGCAAACGCAAUUGAUAUUUUUCCUGCGAGAGUUGAAGUUCGAAUGCAAGAGGAGGAUAAAUUUGAACUUUUCAAGAGAGUGAGAAUCGUUAGGCGGAGAGAUGAAAAUUGUACUAGUGUGCUCUGUCAUACUUACUUGAAAGUGCGGAAAACAACAUCUUUUAUGUCAUUUACAUAAUUUUGCAAGGUAGAGAGCACAUUUGCAGGAGGGAAAGAAGAAGCAGCCCGCGCAGUUUAGAAGAGCAGAAGAAAAAUGUAACACAUUUUGAAAGGAAACAGAAAACUACACUCAAAUAUAUUGUAACCCCAUUUUGAUCGUAUAUUCACCACAAAAACAAGAAUUAAAAAUACUUAUCAGUAGACGAAAGUGACGAAGAAAACAAAGUCGAGCGCAUUUUAGAAGCAAAACCGUAGAAAAAGCAUUGAAAAAUCCUGAAAGGAUAGGCUGCUAGAGUAGGAACCUGCAAGAGUCAGUCAUCACCACUCUGAGUCGUUUGUUUUGAUCAGUUUGAUUCCGCCCCCCAAACUCUCGCCAGCUGCAUUUCUUGCGUUUUUUCCAGUUUUUAUUUUUGGUCGUCAUUCAGUCUAGUUCCAAGAUUUGUCGUUCUUUUAGACGAAUCGAUGCGAGUCAUUCUGAGAGAAUACAAAAAAACAAAAAUGAAACAAGAGAAGAAUUUGAAAUUGCUACCUGACUAUUACAAAAAAAAACAAAAACAUACUACUAAAUACUAAUUAAACAGUACUUUGGAUACUUCUGCCAAGCAAAAAUCGUAAGCACUUAAGCGUUGAACGAGAUAACUCGAGUUAAGAGAGAAUUAAGUUAGAGAUGAGAUAAUAUACUGUUUCCCCGCCCCCAUUUAUUUUGUUCAUCCUGUAAGCGGUACGAAUAAAUACUUUUUACAAAGUUGGAUUCAAUUCAGUGCAGAUUUUGUAAGACCCCCUAUCUCCUUCCUGAACAUUUCCUUGAAUUAUUCGCACACGUAAACGUAACCCAGUGAAGUGCGCAUCACUUCGUCAAGAGGAAAGGAAAGGCAAAAGGAAGGCAUCAAAACACAACAUACUUUAUCGUACUGAGAGUAAAACUGCAAAAUAAUAUAAAAACCAACAGA